CAAGGAAGGAAGGUGUGCAAACAAAGAAAUAAACAGAAGGUGCAGGAGGAGGGAGAAGAGUACCCCACUCGUACAAGCAGCAGGCAGCAGGGUGCAGGGAGCAGGGGCAGCUAGUAAAAAUAGUAGCAAUAGCAAAGAGGUAUUAUCAGACUCUUUAAGGAAUUUACAGACCUUCUCAGCUCGUCUUAUCCUUUUCUCGUGAUCUCUCUCUCUCAUACUGGCCUUAAAUUCCUCCUCUUUCUUUGAAAUCCCUGCUGUGCCUACAAACCGACACACCUCCAAAGGGUUUGAAACUUUCAACUUUAGAGGAAGAAGAAAAAGGAUAUAUGUUUUCUACAAGUAGAACAAUACCAACCCAAGUCUUGGGGGUCUGAAGGUUGCAAGAGUUUUUUUAUCAGAGGGGAUUUAGACCCAGUGGCUCUGACAGUUUGUUAACAGCAACAAGUAAUUAAGGAGAGAACUAGGUUUGGAGGAUCCCUAUUUGGAUUAAGAGGGGGUUUUGAAAGGAAAAACAAAUUUUGUUAGGGAGGAAAAAUGACUAGUUGUAGUGCAAGGAACGGUGCUGUGAGGCAGUAUGUAAGAUCAAAGGUGCCUCGUCUGAGAUGGACCCCUGAGCUUCAUCACUGCUUUCUUCAUGCCAUUGAGAGGCUCGGAGGCCAUAAAAAGGCUACACCAAAACUUGUUCUUCAGUUGAUGGAUGUCAAAGGGCUCACCAUUUCUCAUGUCAAAAGCCAUCUCCAGAUGUACAGAAGCAUGAGGAGCGACCUGGGUACUAGACAACAAGUGACAGAUAGGAGUUGCACGCAACCAAGAAAACAAUCGUUUGAAGAGCAUGAUGAUGGGUGUCUUGAUGAAGUAAAUGGUGUGAGUUUUUACCCAUCUUCCAAAUCUAUCAGAGAAUCAGAUUCUCAGCUCAUCUACAGUGCUCCCCGCCGUUCAAAAAGAGCUAGAGCCGAGACGAGGAGUUCAAUCUCAGAGGGCCUGCAGCAGCAAUGCAGCCAAGGAAUAUAUGAGACGGUCUCAAAUCCGUACUCUUUUGAUGAUAAUGUGCUGGCAAUGGCUCAACAACAGCAUGGGGGAAUAAAGGAGCCUAACCCCUCAGCCUUGUCUCUGCCACAACCUCAUCUUCAUUACAACUUCAACCACCCCUCCUCCCAAUUUUCUCUGCAAGAAUCUGACUUCUUCAAGGUUACCAAACCAGAGGCAAGAGCAGAUGCUGAUCAAGACAAUGAAGACGGUGAUUGUCAACUAUCACUGUCUCUCUCGUUACAUCAUCCUUCUUCCCACAAGAGUAAGAGUAAUGCUUCUUCAAGUGAGUUCAGUGGUGCCAUCUCAUCAUACUCCCCGAGGUCCAACUAUAAAGAUUGCUCCACCUCUUCUUCUGGGAACCAUCGCAGUAUUAACUUAAGUCUUUCCAUUGCCCUCUGUGGUAAAUGAUGUCACUGUAAAAAGGAGUCAUCUGUUUUGGCCAAGUAGUAGAUUAUUUCAUGCCCUCACCGCAUUUGUUGGUUCUUUCUGUUCUUUGUUCUUUGUUCUUAGUUAAUUUAUCGUUACUUCUUCUCAUCGAGCUACGUAGCUCAUUAGUUAAGUGAGUUCCACUUUUGAUUCUUCUAGAACAGCAAAGAGUAUAUCUUUAUGAAAGAACUCUUUUAGUUUCAAAUUUCUUACAAGAUUAUCCUUCUUCACGGUAAUCUGAUGCAACUUCUACGACAUAAUAAGACCGGCAUUUGGAACCUUCAUCAAGCCAGAGUUCAGCCAAUCUAUGUACGACAGAAAAGCCGUAGAGUUAUA